AUGAUGUACACGCCCACGCAAAGCGCCGGAACACCGCCGACAUUGACCGUCUUGCUCUCCCGACUGACGUACUUGAACUCGAGAAGAAAUCAACUGUUCGUCGACUACAUCGCCCCCGAUUUGGACCAUACGAUGAUCGAAAAACUCUAUCAUAAACCGAUUGUGUUCGCGCGAAAAGCCGAACAAUUUCCGAUGAACUUCCAGAAAUGGUCGUUCCACUGUGCCGUCGUCGCGUUGGAUUUCAUGAAAAAACUGGAUGUCGUGCGGAAUUUGGAGCCCGAAGACCGCGAGCUCCUUCUGAUUCCGUCGUUCCUCAAAAACGCGCUACUCGAAAACGCGAUGAGGGCGAAGCGGCUAAAAGUGGAAGAGGCACGGUUUCCGGACGGAUCCGACGUGCUGCCCGUCGAUGCGCCAUGCUUUCCCGCCUAUUUUCUGAAUCGGAUUCGCUGCCGACUGGUUGGAAGGCUCAUUGAGCUGAAAGUGACAACGGAGGAGUUCCUGCUCGUCAGCGUCAUUCUGUUGUGCAAUCCAAGUGAGCAAACUAUAUGAUUUUUGGACGACAAAAACACCUGUUUUGCCACAAUUUAUUGUGUUCUUGCAGCACUCUCCUCGCUCUCCGCUCACGCAAUCACCGUCAUCGAAGCGUAUCAGAAGGUGUACACGAACGCGCUGCUCCAACACUGCCUGCUCACUCAUCAACAGUUCGGUCCGUCCCGAUGCCAAGACCUUCUAUCGCUGUGUCACGUCAUCGAAAAGACAUUGGAGGAUUGUACACAUUACUGGAUGCUUUUCUUCCUUGAAAAAGAGAAAAAUGGGACGGCAUUCGUUUGUGACCGAUAA